AUGACGCAGCGAUUCAAUACGUCCAUCCACAUAUUGGGAAUUGACACUGUCCGCCGCGAUGUCCUGAUGAGGAUCCUUGAAUCCUUCCUCCAAGAAAGUGAGCUCCGAAUGAUCCGUAUACUGUUGACUGAAACCUGGCUUGAACCUCGUGUGAAAGGUGCAUCGAAACGCUCCUUCAAGACAAAUGUCGGAGUCUCUCAAGGGGACAGUCUCUCUCCAGUGCUUUUCACCAUUUACCUGGAGGCUGCUCUCCGGGACCUACGACAGGAGCUGCCUUCUCGCCCUGCUGUGGACAAUGACCUGCCGCUGGAUAUCGCAUACUCGGACGAUGUUGAUUUUGUGAGCCGGGUUGAGACGUUUCUCAGUGAAGUUGAACAACAGGGUCCAGCAGUUCUUGCGAGAUGGAACCUGAACGUUAAUCCCUCCAAGACAGAGCAUACCACCGUCGCCCGAUUUCCCGAAAGGAACCAAGAAACGUGGCGUACUGUCCGCAAACUAGGCUCCCUCCUGGGUGACGCCGAAGAUGCUGCUCGGAGGCGUCAACUGGCCGCCGCCGCCUUCAACUCACUCCUCAAGAUCUGGACCCGGAGGAAGGUCUUCGGCUGA